UCCUCUUGCUUUUGCGCCGAGAAGCUUCCUUAAACUGUUUUUGUAUUUGUUUGGCGUAAGGUGGAUUGAAUUGAUUGUUUAUAAUGAAUCUGGAGGACAUUUCGGUGGUAAUUAAGCUGUUCGAAGACAACGCGCACAAGCUUAAAGUGAAUCUACACUCCUACCAAACCCAAGUGCAGCAAAUUGGAGCGGAGCUCACAAGAAGAUGGACGCAUGCAGAUCGGCUGGACAGGAGUCUCAUCUCACUGCAUGAUCACUUGGUGGGCAGUCUCAGCGAAGUUAAUGCGCAUGUAAUGAAGCUGAAUCUGCAACUAUUCCUUAACCGACAAUCAGUAAAGCUGGGAGAAGAUGAAAAUCCCGUGAAAUCCAUCGAUAAUCAAGAUUCGUCGAUUCACUCUGGUUUAGAAGCGAACGAAGAGGCGGGCUGUGCCGAAACGGAUGGGCAGUCCUCGGAGCCGGUCUCCGUUGAAUCCUGUGCUGAAGAGUCUUCGAUGGAGAUGCCCGUCGAUCUGUCUGUACGCGUGGUCGUGCAGGAAGCCUCUUCAACAAAACAGCUCGACGAGAUUUCAGUGGUCAAUACAUGCCUCUCAGAAGAGUGUCUGCCGCCUUUAGCAGUUUCCGAUGAAAAAUGCAAUAACAGGAAACCACAAAUAGACGAGAUCACUGUGCCCUUGAAGCCUUUCCACGAAGAGUGUAAGGCUCGCAGUCCCCAGCCUUCAAUAGCUUAUUCGCAAAAUGGUGCCCAGCCUAUCGAAAGUGAUUCCUCCCAACUCCGAAUAGAAGAGAUCCCAGUGACCUUCAAGGGUGUCCCGGAAACUUCAGAGACCAACAAUCCAGUGCCUCCUGAAUUCUCCGCUACAGAAACUUUUGGCAAUGAGUCCUUUCAGGUUGCAACACAAGAAACUCAAACGAAUAGCGCAGAUGUCUGCAACAAAAUCUCCAGGAACUCCACCAACUUGCCCACCAGCUUGCUGCUUGAUAAUGCUACUCUAGAUCCUACUUCGGCCACCGAAAAAGUUCGCCAGCUACCAAAAACUCCAAGGAACCGAUCCCUACUGCCUCCCAAAGGCGGCACUGAAACAACCAGCUUUGGUAUCUACAACGCAAUCUUGAAAAACAUGGCUGCAUUUCCAGCUAAUACUGUAGUUUCUGCCGCCUUGGUACACGUGAACUUAGAGGAUAAUUGCGUCUAUGUGGCUAAAUGGGGUAGCAGUUCUAAGAGGAUUCAGGAGUUGCUCCAGAGACAACUCUCACUGCAGGAGUUGGAACAGCUGCCCGACUACGGAGACAUUUUUGCAGUCAACGACGGGACUAACAACAUUAUUACUCGCAUUACCAUCAACUCCAGUUCUGCGUGCGGAGGAUAUGAUGCCUACCUUAUCGACUAUGGCGAGCACAUUCACCUUGACGGUAACGAAACAAUAUUCCAACUGCCGGACGACAUCAAACGGUUGCCGGCGGAGGCCAUUAGAUGCGAUUUAACCAACUGUGAUAUCGCCCAUAUGAGCCGCUUUCUCUACCAGUUUAUUACGAUUCGAGUCCUUGAAAACAAUGGCACUAAACUCGUGGUGGAACCGGUCAAUGACAGCAUAAGCAAACCCAUAGAUACACCCGGCACUAAAUAUCCUGCUGGAAUAAACGAGGAAGACAUGGCUAUGCUGAAUGAAAUCGGCGAGAGCACCAGUGAUCCUCUAAAGGCAGUUCUAGGCUUUCAUCCCACGGACGAGCAACGCAUUUGCCGGCACUACGAUCCCAAGCUGAAUGGCUGCUUUAAGGGUAACAGUUGUCGUUUGGCACAUGAGCCCUUUGCUCCUGAUGGCGCCACCAAGGAUGUGGAGGUAGUUGGAGCUCUUCCAGAGACUAUUUUUGAUACACCAGUGCCUCAUGAAGUGGGUACCACUGCCCGCAUCCUGAUCACCUUCAUUAAUGGCCCCACCGAGGUUUUCGCACAGUUUUUGGACGGAUCUGCUCCAUUGGUGUGGGACAGGAAGGAUGUGCCAGAGGGCAAACGGAUUUUCAAGUCCAAGCCGCGUCUUCUGGACAUUGUACUUGCUCUCUACAGUGAUGGUUGCUUCUAUCGCGCCCAGAUAAUCGAUGAAUUCGAUAGUGAGUACAAGAUCUUCUAUGUGGAUUACGGCAACACAGAGUUCGUGCCCCUGAGAUGCUUGGCUCCAUGCGAAUACGUGGACAGCUUGAAGCCCCACCGCAGCGUUAGUUGUCACAUGGAGGGAGUCGUAAGGUCAACAUAUCUGACACAGCAAAAGACAAUCGAAUGCAUCGAAUACCUUAAGAGUAAGCUACUAAACACGGAGAUGGAUGUGUUGCUGGUAGGGCGUCUACCUGAUGGCUUCCUGAUUCGCUUCCUGGCCGAGUGGGCAGCUUUGCCGCAACAGCUGGUGAAACGUGACUACGCCCAGCUCAGCAGUGCAACUCGGCGUGUGUCUAUUGAUAAUGCAGACGAUAAUGUUAUUAAAUUUUAA